AUGCUUGGAACGAUGUUCAAAGAGAGCAAUCAAUCACUAUUACAUCCAGUAAAAUCCAACGAAUAUCAUAUCGACAGAAACGGAAGACUAUUUUUCUUCAUAUUACAAUUUUAUCGAACUGGCAGAAUUCCUGAUCUUGAAAAAGCGAAAUUUUCAUUACCUAUAACAAAAAAAGAAUUAGAAGCCGAACUAGAUUAUUUCAUGAUUCCAAGACCAAAACAAUCUUCGUCGGAAUCCGACAAGAAGAAUAAUAAGCGACCAAUUAAAAAGUUAUCUUUACGUAGUCGCACCAUAGCGGCAGAAAUAGACGAUUUUAUCACAGCAAUGAAACUCCUCAUGAAUCAAAUAAUUUUAUAUUUCCUAAGAUGUUUUAUAAUUUCGGAAGGAUACGGAUUUAACAUAACGAUCGAAAUAUCAUUCUACUCCACGGAUAAAAUUCCUCACUCGAUAACUAUUUUACCGACAACGAUAGGAAAGAAAUCUCCUAUAAGCAAAGUAGAACAAAUACUAAACAGUUAUGGGUUCGGGACAAAAGCUCACGCUUUAUUAGAUGAAUUCGGUGAUAUGAUUGGUGAAUAUUUUGAAAAUUCACAUCCGGGAUUAUAUUGGGAUUUGCAGAGGUUAGAACAUUAUGUUAGUUCAAUGUAUAGAGUUAGAAUUUCUAUUCAUGAUCAAUUUGAUUAUGAAGAAAUAAUUAAUAACUGUUGUUUAAGAUCUGUUGUAAAAUAA